CAUACGCUUAGAAACAUGUAUUUUGAAUUCGUAGUUGGAGUAAUUCGGAACAUAUCGGCGUAACGUUUUUCACUUUAUUUUGUAUUUCCGUGGCUGACAAGUGGAGGAUGUAUGGACCACUUUUGGGACCGGUGAGGAGCGGGACUGCUCUGAGAGUAGCAUCUAGCGAAAUCUGCUAGCUUGUUGUUAUACAGUGAAAUUUAUGUGUGGUGGCAACAGACAGCUCUCCCCCUCACACAAUGAACUUUGCCUCUUGUUCAUUCGCACACACGGGCAAGUGAAUAAGCCAAGUCUCUGAAGUUGUAACGUAACCGAUUCAGCAUUAACGAUCUUUUCAGAUGAUGGCUGGUGUUGUGGCUAUGGCAUCUGUCAUUGAGGACUUUGACACUCAGCCUUGCAAGAAAUCUCGCAAAAAUGGUGGCAGUCCUGUGGUCAAGACAAUCACAAACUAUUUCUCACCUGUGCCCAAGCCUGUGGAGAAACCCUUUUCUCCUCCCCGCACCAACAACAUUAUGGACUACUUUAGCCGAAAGGCCCCGUCCUCCAAAGAAAAGACCAGAUCACCAGAACAGUCAAAAGAGAACCGUCAGCUUGCAGAAAAACAGACCAGCUCAGAGGUGGCUGUGAAACAGCCAUCUCAGAAACGGACUAGAAAGGCCAGCAAAGCUGUAAGGAAACUUGUGGAGGCUGACACUGUUGGCUCCACAGCGGAGGAGAACUGCCUGAUCCUAGACGAACCAGAUGAUAACAGGGACUCAGCAGAAGCAAUAAGGAGCUGUGGUGUUUUUGGCAGUGAUCCAGCCUCCCUGCUGGUCCAGCUUAGUGCUGAGGCUUGUGUUACUGUGGGAAAGGAAGAGAGGAAUCCAACUAAGACUGUCAGUGAAAAAGCUGACCAUCACGAAGAUGCUUCUAAAUGCGAAAACAAUGUCAAACUUCAACCAGAAGUGAAGAGUAUUGAAUUAUCUCCAAUUGUACCUUCAAAAUAUAAAGAAAAACCGGUUAAAACUGUGGCACGAAAUUCUCGAAAGAAACAGCAACAGGAGGCAAAGCAUACAGAACCAGAGGAGAAAGAAAUCGAGAGUUCAUUGUGUGAUGUUAGUAUGGAGGUCAAUGUGGAUGAGGCCUCUCAGUUAAACAGCAGCACAGUCACAGUCUCUUUCGAAGAAUUUGUGAGGAGUCAGAGCCAGGACAGGGAUGAAGAUGACAUAGAUGAACAGGGCAAAGAAAAUGAAAGUAAAAUCACAACAGAGGCAGAAGAAAUUGACAUUAAUCAGUUGAACAACCUUAAAGCUGAAGAAAAUGAAGCUUGUAAGGAGCCACCUCUCCAAGUCUCACCCCGCACUGUCACCAUCCAGGCUGAAGUGCAUGUAGCCUCACCCAAACAGGAAGCCAAGGCAGUUGGAAAGUUAGCUUCUAUGUUUAAUAGGAGAAAAGGGGCAAUGAGCCCUUUAGAAGGAGUAUUAUCUCCCCAUAUAGAGGCUGGACACAAACCUCCUUCUACCUCUGUGACUGCCAAGCGGAAAUCCAAUGUGGUUCUUCAAGAGGAAGAUCUAGAGCUGGCUGUGCUUGAGAGUGAAUCCACGCCCAAGUGCAGUGAGGCAGAGAGGAAGCACUUCAUGGCUGCCUUCAAACAGCCCAGUCUGGAUGGAUCUAAAAACAAGCCUGGCAAGAGCCAGGGCAAGCAGAAGCAACAGGAAGAGAAGGUUUUGGAUGAUGCAAACAAAGCUGCUGAUGAGGACACUGUAAUUCCACCCUCCGUUGAGCAGGUCCCUGCGUCCUCUCAGGAAAACAAAGUAGCUAAAAAGAAACUCGCAAGAAAAGGCAAAAAAAGAGCUAAAGAAGAAAAGGAGGCAGUCACCACUCCACCUGCUGCUACUACUGUGGAAGAAACAGUAGCCACAAUUGUUGAGGCUGAUGAUAAAAGGGAGGAGCCUCCUGUAACCUCAACUCCAUCUGUCCUAGUGGUGAGGAGGUCCAGAAGAGAGGCUGUAGUCAGGCAAGCGAUCCCACCAACUCUUGACAGAAAAACCAGGGAACACGAUUCAAAGGAUGUUACUGCUGCUUUACCUGAUGGCAGUCCUGUAAAUAUGUCCACCCCAAAGAUUCGCAAGUCCAAACAUGGAGUCUUCGUAGCAGAGAUGGUGUGCCCACCUGACACAAAGCAAAGUCCAAUCAGGAUUAAAUUUACUAGAGUCCAUAAAAAUAUUUCCAUGACCAAGCCUGAAGGUGGAAGUGGCAUAAACAAUUCUUUGACUACUAAAACAUCAGAUGACACUAAAAAAAGGAAACAAGCAAAGAAACUGGUGGAGAAAGCCAAAGUGAUUCAGCAGAGUAAAAAAGCUGCUGUCAAGGAGAAGGGCACCUUAAGGCGUUCUGCACGAGCGGAGGCUUCUGCCAAGAAGAGCUACUGUGAAGAUGAGGAUUCUGUCAUCUGUCUGGAAGAGGACCCGACUGCCACUCCUCAGACAGCACCACAAAAGAGUAAACCCCAGAAGUCUUUACGCAGUCUAAAUGAUGUUCUGGGAAAAGCCAUACCUGUUGGCAAAGAAACCAAGACUAUCCCUGGCUCCAAAGUGGCCUUGCUGGGCCAAGAAAAGACUGCUCGGAAGGUGUCUGCAGUGAUUUCCAUCUUUGAUGAGGGCAGCCGUGAGGGCUCUGAAAACUCCCAGGAUGAUGAGCAGUUCAGGGCACGCAGAGAGUUCUUGAAGAGUGGUCUACCCGAGUCCUUUAGGAAACAGAUAGCCAGGACGACUGCCACCAGGGAGGCGUACUCUCUCUCCUCUUCCUCCUUUCAAACAGUUAUACACACGAAGCAGCCACCAAACGAUUGCCCUCUUUGGAGUCUACUGUGGCCUGAGUCUUCAUUACUGCGUCAUCUGAAAGAGCUUUGGUGCCAAACAUCCAACCCACUUCCAUCUGUUAGUGGCUCCCUUUGUAUGACGACUGAACCAGCACAUAGAGCCUUUUGUGAACGGGGUUCUGGUUGGAGGCCUGAGAUCACUGAAAGUGUUCGUCAGCUUCUGAUGGAGGAGAUCAGCACCUCCAACCCUCUUUUCCCUGUUCAGAUGUUCAUCACUCGCUUCCUGAAGAGACGUGCUGACCACCAGCAGCAGCACACAGCCUCGGCAUCAGUGGCAGGUUACCCUCUAGGACCAGAGGAUGUAACCAGACUCACCAGCACCACACUACCAGCAGAACAAGGAGGAGGAAAGAGGAAGAGGAUGGAUGAUGAAGGGGAAAUGACAGUGAAGGUGGCUAAGAAACAACGGACCAUUUCGUCAGAAGAGAAAAUUUCCACAGCUGAGCCUGAGCCAACAAAAAGGGGAGGGCGUACGAGACGAACUCGGAGAUCCACGCUGGAGGAGGAGGAGAAUGAGAAAGCCAAGCCUUCCGUCAAAGUUGCUCCCAUCCCGUCUGAAGAUGACUGUGUGGUUGUUCAUGAUGACUUACUUUUAGGAGAAGACACUGGAAAAGAUGUGAAGGAGGAUGUGUUAUGGACAGACAAAUAUCAACCCCAGCACUCCAGCGACAUCAUCGGCAACACUGCCUCAGUCAGGAGGCUGCACAGCUGGCUGAAGGAAUGGAAACUCCGUGCAGACCGUGAAGAGAGAAAAAAGCUAAAAGACAAGAAACAAGAGGAAGACAGCAAUGACUCAGACUGGGACUGUGGAGAAGAGGGCUCCCAGGAUGGGGAGGACAUGUGUAAUACAAUGCUCAUCACAGGACCCACUGGAGUUGGAAAGACAGCUGCAGUCUAUGCCUGUGCCCAGGAGCUUGGCUUUAAGGUGUUUGAGGUGAAUGCUUCUUCUCAGCGGAGUGGUCGUCUAAUUCUGUCCCAGCUGAAGGAAGCCACUCAGUCACACCAGGUGGACAGUCAGGGGGUCAACGCCCACAAACCCACCUACUUCAACAGUUACGGCACAAGCUGCAGCGCUGGCACUCUCCGGCCUGGAGCCUCUCCCAGAAAGGUAAACUCUCCUCGAAGGGUGGUUUCAUCUCCCAGGAAACAUCCCCAGUCCCCAAGAGGUGCUAAAAGAGGAGGCUUGGCCCCCACCUCUUUAGCUAACUUCUUCAAAAUGGGGCGACCCACCAACAAGGAGACACCUAACACUAAGAAGACUGAACAAGCAGCUGCUUUCAAGAAAGUCAUAAAAGCAAAAGAGUGUGCCAGUAAGCAUAAAGACCCUGCAGUCAGAUCACCAACAGACAAAACCAAUGAAGAGCAAAGCAAGAAGACAGCCACCUCGCUUAUCCUGUUUGAAGAAGUUGAUGUUAUUUUUGACGAUGACUCAGGGUUUCUAGCUGCCAUCAAGACAUUUAUGACCACUACCAAGAGGCCGGUCAUCCUCACUACCAGUGAUCCUGCUUUCAGCACCAUGUUCGAUGGCAACUUUGAAGAGAUCCUUUUCAAAACACCUUCAUUGCUGGAUGUGAGCAGCUUCCUGCAGCUGUUAUGUCUGGCAGAGGACAUGAGGACAGACCAAUGGGACGUCAACUCUCUGCUUAGACUCAAUGGCUGUGAUAUCAGGCAGAGUUUACUGCAGCUGCAGUUCUGGACUCGCAGCGGAGGAGGCCACUACGUAACCAGGCCAUUGAUACACACUGGCAAGAAUGUUGAACUGAAGUCAGAGACUGAAGAGGCAGCCGCCAUGUCUGUGUGUGCAGUGACUGCCCCAGCCACCCUCCCUCCCUGUGACACCGGCUGCACUGACAGCAUGCUGGGCCUGCUGAAUGUUGAACCUGAGAGAGAUGUUUGGGAGCUGCUCAGGAGCCGGAGUCCAGUGAAGGAGGCGUUAUGCUGGGAGCUACUGACAAACAGCAGGCGUCAAGGAGUCGACCUGCUCUAUUCCAAUAUGGAGACACUCUUGCAUCUACCACUCACACAAUUGACUACCUCCACCUACAAACCUGAGCAAUCUGUUUCUGUGUCACAAGACCAUCCUUCUGUUAAUCCAAAAGAGCUGCCGUCCACCUGUCUGCAGUUUGACAUGCUGCCAUCCCAUGCCAGGUUAUUGCACACAGCAGAAUCAGCAGAUUGCUCAGACGAUUGCAGUCCUGUCAAAAUGUCAAACACAAUGAGAAAGACCAAGAAGCGGCACUGUCUCCCUGACCAGGAUGGAAUGCACUCUGAUUCGGACUCAGAAGACGGUUUUCUGUCUCUUUGCAAGCCACAGGUUGCUCCUCAGGCGAAGGAGGAAGUCAGAGAGAGUGUAGUUUCACAGACAGUGAAGAGGAAGCCACUGACUCCUGAGGAGCGGCUAAAAAGUGUCCCAGUCUUCCAGUGUCUAGAAUCAAUAGCUGACUUCUUAGACAACAUGUCCUACAUGGACUCCUCCUUGCCUACUCGUCCAGCAGGUGGUGACAAUCACAGAAUGUUACCAGUUGGUGCAGUGGUGAAAGAUGGGAUGACAGAUGAGCCGAGGGUUGAAAUUGAUGGAGGGAGCUGGGUGAGAGGAGAGUGUUCCUUGGAGAUCCCGGCUGCUGUGGAGGCUAUGAGCUUCCACAAGUGUAGGGUUUCAGUAGCGGAGGCCUGGGACAAAGCACAACAACUAGAAGGUGAGCUGGGAAAGGAGGCAGCAGCAGAGCUUACCCUCCCUGUUGCCGCCCAUCGAAAAGGUUACAGCUUCACUCAGGAUGCGCCCUGUCAACCACAGCGGGUCCAGCGGAGGAGAGAAGUGAUGGAGAGUCUGACGUUCAGAGGAGUGUUUGGUACUCUGGGCAACAGACCAGCAGCUGCUUUGGACUACUUGCCAGCCUUACGCACCAUCUGCAGAUCAGAGCAGCUUAAGGAGCAGGGCAAGGUUAAACGAAGGUUCCUGCACUACCUCGACGCAAUCCACGUGGGUCUUGGAAAGAGCACUCUACAGCACCUUGCUGAAGAUUUCCCCUAAACCAUAGAGAAGAUCAGAUGUGUCCUCCAUGAUCACACAGAGGCCUUAAACAAAAACUCUCCUUAGAGUAGUCACACUUUUAAGGUCCAUAAGGUUUGGCUAUUAAAUUGGAAGAAGGACCACAUUUACAGGUUGUGUUGUGGCAUAAGGACAAAUCAUCAGGCAACAGUAUAAAUCAGUGUUGCCUGGUGUCUCUUAAUGUUCCUGACCUUGGCAUGAGAUGAGGUGUCUAGCCGGUCAGAGGUGUGCGCACACGAAGGACUCGGGUGAAGCUUCCACGUAUUUCAUCAAAUACGGAAAUGACGGAAUCACUGAACCAGAAAUGGUGUUCUCACCUACAGGGCACAAAGCUAACUAACCUCAAAUGUUCUCUGAUUCAGCACAUAUUUUGGUGCUUUCAAAGAAUGCACUAAAGAUGACUAUUUUAUAUGAUUUUUGUAAUAUUUAGCUGUGCUGGAGUGUGCAGUUUUUUGUUGUUUUUUGUACAGUAGUGUUUAAUACUUUGAAGUUACAUGUAUCAAUAUGCUUUGCAUUUUGCAAAGUGCUUUUAUCAAGUAGACAUUGCUUUUUAGGAGCACAUAUAUAUCAUUAAUGAUUUGAACAUGUAAAAUAGAAUUUGCCUCUGUAUUUGUAAAGGCUGUGUGUACAUUAUCAUUCUCUUCACGAAGUACUGUUGAAGCACCUGGGAUCUUGUUUCUGUUCAUCAAAGGCAGACAGGUUUUGACUCGCAUUCACAUUGUUCACUUUUUUUACAUUUGGUCUUUUCUUUUGGUAUUGAUUAUUCAGCCUUAUUCACAGUGGGUUUUGUUGUGACCAAAUAAAGGUUUAUCACA